GUAGACUUUGAUCGUGGUGUGAGCACGGAAAACAUCAUGUUCGAAUUCGAGGAGUUGCCGCACAAGCGUGCGACUCCGGACGACGUACUCCUGACUUUACUGAGAAAUGCGACAGAAGUAAAAAUGCCUUCGAGCAGGACAAAAUUGGAACAUCAACAACGAGGACCAACGAAAACUGCUGCUAGUACAGCAGCACUCGACGAAGCAGAUGAACUUUGGGAGGUUUGGAAAAGGAUCCUCCUCUUUGUGGAUUCGUGUAAAAAGAGUCCUCCAGGAGCUGGCUUUCCGGACGCCCUGAGACCACCAGAUAUACCGAUUGGAUUGGGAAACCUCGUGUAUGUAUAUCCUCAGGAGCAGAAUGGUAGUACCGGAGAUUACAAUUAUGCGAUCGUCGCGAAGAACUACGAAGUAAAAAAUGGAGCGGCACCACAAGAAAAACCAGGUUCAGUACGAGCAGA